UCAUCCCAAAAAUGGACACAAUUAUGUGUCUUCAAUGGAAAUCCAAUAAAUUAGGAUGCUCUUACUAUCUAGGCAGCAGCUUAGAAUUAUUUCUUAUGGAUGAUGUUAAAGAAUCAAAAGACCUUGAAUACACAGCAAUGCUGAUUACGCAAGUAAUGCCAAAACUUCUUAUUUUAUCAGAUGCCAAUGAAGAUAUACUUCUGGAAAAGAUCACCCAGGAACAUGGGACUUCGAUUGAGAUCAAAAAGGUGUUACAAAAAGACUUUUCGUUUGAGAAGGGAAGAUACAUGCUGUUAAACUGGUAUAUCAAUCAUUUUCAAACAUUGCAAGAACAGAAUUCUUUUACUUUACAAGAUGCUGCCGAGGAAAGUUUAUCGAAUCAAAACAUUUUUCUUAUUGAUCCAGAAGAAGGGAACAAAACACAAGCCUACUUGCAAUUAGAAGGGUUGAUUCAUUUGGAUAAUAGUUAUUUGACAGUUGGAUGUGCAGGUGUACUUCUAAAACAUUUACAGAGAAUGGAACAAGAGGGGCUAGACAUAAGCCAAAAUGAGGACGAUUUGUUAGUACAGCCUGCCACUAUACGCACUUUUUCUAGUGAGAAAUGCAUGUAUGUAAAUUCAGACACAAUAAGAUCACUUUGUAUAUUUGACUUCGAAACACACCCGAAUAUGCACCAGAAGCAAGGAAAAGAAAGCCUAUCAUUAUUUGGUCUUCUUAAUAAAACAACAAGUGUAUUGGGAAUGCAAUUGUUGUCAGAUUGGGUGUCAAGGCCGACACAAGAUAAAGAAAUUUUAGAUUAUCGUCAUGAAUCCAUACGUUUCUUUUUACAGCCGAAUAUGCGAGAAUUUACGAAAGAACUUUCAGAUAAUCUUAAGCAUGUCAAGAACAUUUACAGAUUAUUAUCCAAGGUGAAAGAAAGUAAGACAAACUCAAAUGAUUGGCAACAUAUUCUUAAGUUUGCAUACUAUACAAUUCGUACAUUUGGGUUGAUAAACCAGCUGCAUCAUCAUGGCUCGAAUAAUGUCUCUUUUAUAAAAAAGGCAAUGCAUUUUCAACCAGCGACUGAAGUUAUGAAUGAAGUAGGAUCCGAUAUAAACAGUAUAAUUGAUUUCGAAACGAGCAAGCAAGAAGGCCGUAUCAUUGUCAAAGAAAACGUGGAUAAUGAGUUGGAUAUACUACGUAAAAAGUAUAACGCUCUAGAUGAUUACUUGCUUCAAGUCUCCCAGAGUAUUAGCUCUACUUUACCCAUAGGGUUAGGGUCUACUUUGAAUGUAGUUUAUUUUCCCCAAUUGGGGUAUCUAGUGACAUUACCUCAAUAUCAUAACCAAAACAUUUCCGAUGAAAAUAACAGUACUAGUAGCUAUGUUAGCGAAUACUAUGCAAGAUAUUUGACAGGAUUUGACCUACAGUUCACUACUUCAGAGAACUUAUAUUAUAAAAACGAAAAAACCAAAGAACUGGAUGAAACGAUCGGAGACAUUCACGCUCUAAUCGCAGACAAAGAAAUUGAAAUCAUUCAAGAUUUAUCUGAAAGAGUAUUAAAAUGUACCAAACAGUUUUCUGAAGUGGCUGACAUACUCUCUGAACUCGAUUGUUUAAUCUCAUUUGCAUUGGUUGCGUUAAGAUUCAAUUAUGUCCAACCUGUCAUGACAACAGAUAAUUCCUUAAUGAUUACCCAAGGAAGACACCCAUUGCAAGAAUUAUGUGUCGACAUAUUUAUUCCCAAUGAUACAUAUUUACAAGGAGGAAAAGGGUUCAACAAUAGAAGUUCCGAUGAUUGUUUAUCAACUUUAUACCGAAAUGAUAUCAUUUCAAAUAAGAAGGCAGUAAAUUCAGACGACAACCAAACAGUUGAUACGACGGAGGAAAAUACAACUACAAAAAACCCGUUAUCUGUCACAUCUAGAGAGCAAGGUUCAAAACAUACAUCUGAGCCUUCAUACAAGAUUGAAGAGGAACAUCCUAAUAGUGUUCAGGUGGUUACAGGAGCCAAUUUUUCAGGAAAAAGUGUUUACUUAAAACAGAUUGCUCUUAUAGUCUAUAUGGCUCAUGUUGGAAGUUACGUACCAGCUGAAAAAGCAAUUAUUGGAAUAACGGAUAAACUAUUUACAAGAAUACAAACUUCGGAAACAGUAUCUAAGCCUCAAAGCGCAUUUGCUUUUGAUUUGCAACAGUUGCAUCGUGCGUUAAAUAAUUCAACAAAUCGUAGCUUGGUUAUUAUUGAUGAAUUUGGGAAGGGAACCGAUUGCUCGGAUGGUGCAGCACUAUUCUGUUCAGUAAUUGGGUAUCUCUUGUCUAAAUGUUCCAGAUGUCCAAAAAUUGUGGCUAGUACUCAUUUUCAUGAUUUGAUAAUCCAAGAUAUAUUAUCGGCACAAGAUGGAAUUACAUUAACGCAAACAGAAAUUAUGAGCCGCCAUAAUAAACAGGGAGGAGAAGAAGGAGAUGAAGUUGUAUUUUUAUACCGCAUCGUACCUGGAAAAGGGCCAAGUACUUCCUACGGUAUAUGGUGUGCUGGUAUUGCAGGGUUACCAUCUUCUACAAUUGAAAGAGCUGUUGAAUUAUCAGAAAACUAUAUCCAGGGAACUCCCAUUAAGAAGGUUUAUUAUUUACAAGAUGAAGAGAAUUACAAAAUGCUGGAGCUUAUUAAAAAUGAAUUUCUUGAACGUGAUAUUGAACAAGUCAAUCCAUAUGACUUAAUAUCAUCUAUUUGCUCAUUAUUCAAAAAAACUUAACAGUAGUGUACUACAUGCACGAAUUUAUGUUACAGCCGGUUAAAGAAACGGAUACCAAAUGCAACGGCGUGUAUUAAAAAAUCAACUUGCUUUUUAUUUUUUUCAACAGACUAAAGAGCUUAUUCAACGC